CGAACAGUUUGUUGUUGUUGUUGUUGUAUAUCUUUAUCGCCUAUGUAGACGAACCUCUACCAGAUCUGUAGAAUUGAACAAAAGUCUCUGAGCUUCUGCUCUCAACCGCUAGGGUCAAUCCGUAUAAAUUCGGACAAAGGGAGAAAUUCGGACAAUACUUCUUUCCAAGCACACUAAAUCUAGCAACAGACCUUCAGCGCCUACAGCGUUUUGAUUUAUAAAUUUUGGCACAUACACACUUAAGAUAACACAGUCAUCCGCAAAUAGACGGACGUUUGACUUCACAGACGAAGGUAGAUCAUUCAUGUAGAGAAGAAACAGAAGAGGCCCAAGAACUGAUCCCUGGGGUACACCAGAAAUUACAGGGGCCAUGGUGGAAGUUGCCCCAUCUACAACAACCUGUUGACUACGGUUUCCGAGAAAAGCUUUAAUCCAAGAAUGUGUAGUGCCCGUGAUUCCAUAAUGGGCUAGUUUCAGCAGCAAUCUACAGUGAUGAACAACACUAAAAUCCAUGAUGGCAACAUCCAUCUGGUCUCCCUGAAUGUGUUUGACAAGGUCUGUAAGAUGGAGGCUUUCCAGUACACAGAUGAGGAUCUUGUAGAAAGCUCAUCAGGAUGGAAUGAGGAAUAUGCAGAUCAAAGUAAACUUGAUGAGAGGUUACAAGGAGGCUGGGACCGGGCCAUGGAUGAGGGACACUUUAGAUACAGGCUCAACAUAAAGCAAACACGUGUUAUUGGACACAUUGGCUAUGUGGCUCAGGUAGUACAAACACACGUCAUUGGACACAUCGGCUAUGUGGCUCAGUUAAAUAUUCUCCGAGCUCAAGAAAGACGGAAGCCAGACACAAUUACAUCAGUGAAUCAGCCAUUUAACAGGGACAGUUUCAACUUUACAAAAAUAAAGCCAGGAGAAAUAUUGUUUGAAAUGCAGAAACUAGAAUCUAGUAAAGAUGAUUGUGGGCAGAUGCUUAGGGACCGUGCUGUAACUGUGGAAGUGGCAUCCAAGAAUACUGAAAUUAAGGUUUGCAAUCAGGUGGUGAUCAACGUGAGCCCUCUUGAGUACGGUCAUGUGCUGCUCCUACCUGAUGUGCAGGCAUGUAACCCCCAGAUCCUAACAAAGUAUGCAGUGGAGCUGUCUGUUGACCUUCUGUUGCUUAGCAAACAUAGAGGAUUUCGUGUGGGCUUCAACAGCUUGUGCGCAUAUGCCUCAGUGAACCAUCUUCAUGUGCAUGCUUACUACUUAGACCAUGAACUCUUUGUAGAGCACAUGCCUGUCCAGCAGUUAUCGGGUGUGCUGCACGAGCAAACGUUGCUGGCUGCCAAGGGAUUCGUACUCCAGUUGCAUGGAUCCACACCCACACUGCUCUCCAGGAAUAUAUAUGAGAUUACACACUACUUCAACAACAAUGAGAUUGCUCACAAUAUUUUCAUGACAAGAGGUCCAGCCUUUGGUGAGCCUCGAGACAGCGCUUGCAGAACAAUAAGAGUGUAUAUAUGGCCGCGAAAGAAGUUCAUAGGGCUGAAAGAUGAAGCAGCCUUCAAUGUGGCCUUGGCAGAGCUUGCUGGACACCUGCCCAUUAAAGUUCAAGAUUUGUUUCAUGGUCUUGAUGAACAGCAGAUCGAGGAAACUGUACAAGUGGCAAUGUUGGAGGAACACGAAUAUCAGAAAAUCAAAGAAAAUUUCAUUGAUAUGUUUUCAACAAGUCCAACCAGUUGAUACAGAACUAUUGUUCAUAAAUAAAUUGAGCCCAAUAGUGAUUGGUAAUUUAUUUCUGUGCUGUAACGGUAGAGUAUCUGUCAUUAUUUCCCACAAUACAUUCCUGGUGUAAAGGUUGAUGUCAUCUUUCUUUCUAGAUUGUUUUAUUUGAAUAUGGGGGCACUGUUUGCUUAACAUCAUUUUUUGCUGUUAAACUGUCAUUUUGCUGGUAAUGAAAGACUUACGAACUUGGUGCAUCUGACUGGUAAUUGACUUUUUUUUUCAUAUUUGAAGUCAUUAUUUCUUUUUGAUAAAUGCAAUAUCACACAUGGCUGAUAGAAUGCAUUUUAUACUUGUAUCUACACUAUAUAAUAAUUACAAGAGAACUUUCAUAA